CCUGCUUUCUGCAUCAGUUCGUUUCGAGAAACCGAACGAAAUGGUUGUGUCGUUGUUUAGUCGUGCGAGUAGUUUUUGGCGGUCCGACGGCUGAUUCGCUUUAUUUGGAAUUUAAUCGUGAUGAAACAAAUCAAGUGCUUGUGAAAGUGCUGAUUUAGCAGCAGUGUCACCACACCAAAGGCGGAGAAAGAAAGUUGUUAUUGCGAAAAGCGCGAGUGAAGCAAAUAUACGUGAAAUAUUUAUUUUGCUACAGCGAGAAGAGAAGGCACUUCGGUGUGUGUAGGUUUUUGCCGUUCGUUCCGUGUAUUGGCCAAGAGAAUCGAGUUUGCCUUGUGGGGAAGUUGAGAGUGAGAGGGUCCGGUUCGUCGAGCAGAAAUCAAGAAAAUAACGUGUGUUGGAACACUGUAUGUGCAGUUUGAUGCGCUGCUGAAUACCGCAGUCUAGCCAAGACGAGAAUUGAAGCAACAGGGAGGCAGCAGGAAGAGAAGCCGAAAUAACAUUCCACGAAGUCGCCGGGUUUUGGAGCUACGCCACUCAACGCGAUUCCGUUUCGAGGGCCACCGAAAUAUUAACGCUGAGCUGACAAUCAACAGGCUAGACGUGAGAGUCAACUACCGUUAUCUACACACUAAUCAUCUCACAACGUCACCUCAGAACAAACAAACUUACGCCGGAGAACUCAACAAAUGCCAGCGAUUACCCAGUUCUCCAGUUCAGCAGAAGACGAGAUAUUGAAAGUGAAUUGCCUCUGAACCCCUCUACUGCUGAGUGAUCAUUCCUUAGAGUUGUUCUUUCAGUGUAAAAUCACUACCACAGCAAAACGCCACAUACCCAUCCAAUCUGUGAGAGUUGGCUCGUUAUCCGUUAUCACAAGCUCUCGAGGAAGCGCAGUGAUUCUAAGUGCAGCAGAGGCAAAACAAAUUGAACAAUUGUGGCCACUUCAGUCAACGCUGAUGGUAUGCUGUAUGGUUGUAUGACGAGAUAUCUCGGUUUGUUUUGUACCCCAUACGCAUCGUCCGGCGGAGUUCCUUCUUCCUGCUUCACUUUCGCUUGGAAACCCGUAUCAGACUCAUAACAGAGAACGAUCAACGAAUCGUACAGUAACAGUUGUAGCUAGGAGCGAUCAUCAUCAGUCGGUGAUCGAUUACGAAGCGUGAAAGGCGUUUUACAGUGGCGCGCUGCUGCUGAUCGGUUUGAACAGUGCUAAGUGAUUCAUCGUACGCAAUCAGAUCGACGCAGGUUCUCACAUCGCGAAACGUAACAGCCUAUACCGUGCCAAUCCGACCUGCGCCUGUAAUAAAUCUAUGAAUGAGAUUGUGCAACGAUCGCCGGGACAGUGGAAAACUGUGGAAUGCAGCACGAAGGAAGCAGCAAGUGUGACUCAAGUGGAAGUGUGCACUAUUUACACAUUGCAGCAGUGAUCAACUUACAGUUCAAAUGAAGUCGCAUUUAAAUGCCAGUAAAACAAAAGUAUUCGCCAAUUUAAUUUAAAGCAAUAACGAAGUAUAUCAACACAUAAUCCAGUUGACCCUGUGAGUGUUUUGCGCGCCAACAGCGGGAGUUCAAUUGAAACGAAUCAAAUAGUGAAAAUGAAACCGCUACGACUGAUGCUAGAUGUUAGGACACUAGGUUUAAGUGUAUUAAUACUAUGGGCCAGCUCGUUAACGGCCGCAGUGCAAGUGGACGAAGUGGUGGUUGACGAUCAGCUGGAUGGUCCCAAUGUGUGCAAGGAGGUGGAACAGUAUCAACUCUUUGUGACGGCACCUCGUGAGGUGACCUAUCAGGAGCGAUAUCAAAAGUGGUGCGUUGCGGUGCCACCUCGGUGCUCGGCAUAUCGGGUGAAAACAAAGAUCGUGAACGAAACUUCGAGCGUAACCAAGGAGCGAAUACUGAAAAAGUGUUGCACCGGGUACGAGAAGAAUCAGCAGGGAGAUCGGUGCAUUCCAGCGUGCAGUAACGGGUGCAAACAUGGAGUGUGUAUCGCACCGGAGACCUGCAAGUGCAACGAGGGAUACGCAGGGAAGAUUUGUAAUAUAAAUUGUCCUCCGAAUCGCUGGGGAUCCGACUGCAACCAGUUGUGUCAGUGCAAGAACAACUCAACGUGUAACGCUCAGGACGGAAGCUGCGCUUGCCAGAAGGGUUACCGAGGGGACCACUGCGAGUACCAGUGCCCAUCGGAUCGCUUCGGACAGGACUGUGCCGAGGUGUGCCAAUGUGAGAACGGGGGCAAGUGCGAUCCAGUUUCCGGAGAAUGUUAUUGCGCACCCGGCUUCACUGGACCAUUGUGUGCUCAGAGGUGUCCGGAGGGUAAGCAUGGCGAGCAGUGCAGAUCCGAUUGUCGGUGUCAGAAUGGUGGAAGCUGCGAUUCUCAGACGGGUGAGUGUAUUUGUCCGGCCGGUUAUACCGGAUCGGUAUGUGCUAAUCGUUGCCAGGGCCAAAGAUACGGUCUGCGGUGCGAGCAAAGGUGUGAAUGCUUCAACGGUGCGGAUUGCAAUCACGUGACCGGUGAGUGUAUCUGUGCACCUGGAUUUAUGGGGGCAAAGUGCUUGGAUUCGUGCCCGCACAAUACCUACGGAUACAACUGUUCGGAAGAGUGCCGGUGCUUGAAUGGUGCCGUGUGCGAUUCGGCAACCGGAAAAUGCUCAUGUUCGGCUGGUUGGAUGGGAGCGGACUGUGGGUUGAGGAUAUGUCCAGAUGAUCGGUUCGGAGAGAACUGCACGGGGCAGUGCGAGUGCGCUGUGAAUAACACCAAGAUGUGCCAUCCAUGGACGGGGAAAUGUCACUGUAAUCCCGGUUGGAGUAGUACGCUCUGCGACAGACCAUGUCCGUUUUUGCGCUAUGGACAGGAUUGUUUGAUUCACUGCAACUGCAAGAACAACUCGCCUUGCAAUCAUAUCGAUGGAACUUGCAAUUGUAUUGCUGGUUAUCACGGAGAGAACUGCGAAGAGCAGUGCAGCAAUGGAACCUAUGGUCAAAAUUGCAGUCAAAAAUGUGAAUGUAUGAACGGAGCCAUGUGUGCUCCUGAAACUGGUCAAUGUUUCUGCGCACCUGGAUGGCAAGGAAUUCGUUGUGACCGUCCUUGUGACACGCACCGGUAUGGAAAGGAUUGCACCGAGCGAUGUAACUGCUCGAAUAAUGGUGUUUGUAAUCCUGUUAACGGUCAGUGUACUUGCCCUGCUGGUUGGACCGGAGAGCGGUGUGAUAAGAAGUGUGAUUCGGGUCGGUUUGGACAGAACUGCUCACAAACCUGUGAUUGCAAUUUGGAGCACACCCUGGCUUGUAAUGCAACCACGGGAAAAUGUAUCUGCAAUGCGGAGUGGGGCGGUGUUCGUUGCGAAAGCCGCUGCCCGCUAGGUUACUACGGAGAAUCGUGUAACGAAAUCUGCACCUGCCACAACAACUCGUCCUGUGAUCCGAUCACCGGUGAUUGCAUCUGCUCGCGAGGUUGGACCGGCCCUACGUGUAACGAACCUUGUCCGGAUGGAUUCUUUGGCCAUGGAUGCAAGGAACGGUGCCCAGUUUCCAAUACAACUUGCGAUCACAUUACAGGAAAGUAUUCCUGCAGACCGGGUUAUAUUGGAACUACCUGCGAACAUCCGUGUCCAUCUGGAACGUAUGGAAACGAGUGUCGUCACACUUGCACCUGCAAGAACGGAGGAGAGUGCUCUCAUGAAACCGGAACGUGUCAGUGUCCGCCAGGAUGGACCGGUGCCAAUUGCGAAGAAGUUUGCCCGAAUGGAUUCUACGGAGUGAACUGCAAUCAAAAGUGUAACUGCAAGAACAAGGCCAAGUGCCGGAAGAACGAUGGCCAGUGCAUAUGUGAUCCCGGCUGGAUGGGCAAUCGAUGCGACGAAGUUUGUCCGGAGGGCUUCUACGGAAACCACUGUAUGGAAUCGUGUAAUUGUCCUCCGGGCAACUUUGCUUGCCAUGCUGCUAGAGGGUGCGUGUGCAGCGUUGGGUUUUAUGGAGACAAGUGCGAUAAAUCUCGCGCAGAGGCGAAGGUGCAACCGACAGAAGAGGGAAGGGUCAAACUUAACGACAAUAGUACACACCACGACAGUGUUAAUGAUUUUGAUACUACUACUUUGUACAUCGAUUGGAAGCUAGAAUCAGAAGAUGAUGAUCUCUUGCAUGCAGAUCCAACUUCAACUGUAGAAGACCUAGGCAUUCCGCUGGAUGAUUACAUACACUUGUCAGAUGAACCACAUAACCAAAAUAGUACAGACGAAAUUCACGAAUACUCUACACAGCACGGCGAUCCUCAAAGCUCAAAAUCUAACACUAUUCUUACAACCAGCUCUGCCAACACUGUACAGUUAGAAGUUGCUCAACACGUGACUACAGUUCAGAUCCCAUCUGAUAGCAUUCUGACUACCGAAACAUUUUUGAUUGACGAUGAAGAAGUUACUCCAGACAUAACUACGCUUGACAGCAAUUGGAAGGCACAAUCAAACGAUGAUGCUUUUCUGGAAUUGCAAACGACUCAGACAGUGGAUAACUUUGAUCAACCGUUGGACGAUUAUGUAAAUGAACCGUUAAAUAAGGUUCAAGAUGCCCCAUAUACUACAAGCACCACGGCGAAGCCACCACAUGUUACUACGGUAGACUUCGAUUGGAAGAUGCUAUCAGAAAAUAGUAAUUUCCUAGGCUCGGAAACCACUCCCAAUGGGGAAGAUUUUGGCCACCCGUUAGAUGAUUAUAUUCAUCUUCAGGAUGAACCUCACAACGAAUCUGAAUCAAUUUUUAUAUUGACAACUAGCUCAACUAUCGCUCCACGUACAACUACACAACAAUUCAAUUGGAAAAUGCAAUUAGAAGAUGAUAGUUUUCUGACCACCGAAUCUCAAUCUGACGGUGAAAAUUUUGGUCACCCAUCAGACGAUUACAUUCACUUGCAAGAUGAACCUCACAACGAAUCUGAAUCAUUUUUCUUAACUACAACUAGUUCAGUUCAACCUAUUACUACCGAAGAAUUCAAUUGGAAAAUGCAAUCUCAAGAUGGCAUUUUCUUGACCACUGAAUCUGAGGGAGAAAACUUUGGUCAUCCGUUGGACGAUUACAUUCAUUUGCAAGAUGAACCUCACAAUGAAUCAGAAUCAAUUUUAAUAGCCACAACUAUCGCCCAAACCACUACUACCAAAGAAUUUGAUUGGAAAAUGCAGUCUGAAGAUGAUAAAUUACUGAUCACCGAAUCGCAAUCCGAAGGCGAAAAUUUCGGUCAUCCGUUAGACGAUUACAUUCACCUGCAGGAUGAACCUCACAAUGAAUCAGAAUCAAUACUUAUAAUAUCGACAAGUCCGUCCAUCGCUCAACAUACAACUGUAGAAGAGUUGGAUUGGAAAAUGCAGUCUGAAGAUUAUAGUUAUGUAAUCACCGAAUCACAAUCCGAAGGAGAGGAUUUUGGGCAUCAUUUAGACGAUUACAUUCACUUGCAGGAUGAACCUCACAAUGAAUCAGAAUCAAUACAGAUAAUAUCAACCAGUCCGUCUAUCGCUCAAACUACUACUACUGAACAAUUUAAUUGGAAGAUGCAAUCUGAAGAUGAUAGUUUUCUGAUCACAGAAUCGCAAUCCGAAGGUGAAAAUUUCGGUCAUCCGAUAGACGAUUACAUCCAUCUGCAGGAUGAACCUCAUAAUGAAUCGGAAUCAAUUUUCAUUUUGACAACUGUGAUUUCUCCUCAAUUUAACGAAGGAACCUCUAAUCGUUCUACAACGGUAACAUUCGAUUGGAAAAUUCCAAUAGAAGAUCAUUUUCCGGGUACCGAUUCGCAAGCUGGUGGAGAAAAUUUUGGUGACCCGUUGGAUGAUUAUAUUCAUCUACCGGAUGAACCGCACACACAUCAGGUCAACACAACACCUGGUUUCGAUUGGAAGCUUCAGUCCGAAGACGACAGUUUUCGACCUUCGAAACCAUCCCCAGCCGGAGAAGAUUUUGGCCACCCAUUGGACGAUUACAUACACCUCCCAGACGAACCGCAAUCGAAUCCAAAUUCCACAACACAAAGGCCCAAAUAUGAUUUCGGUUAUACGAUGGACGAUCCACCCCGCAAAUCGAAACCGACCACAAGGACAACAACACUCGGGCCUGAAUAUUACGACGAUCAUGUUGAGAAGCCCGGGGAUACUGGGAAUAGUCAAGACUACUUUGAAAACUAUACGGAUUCGAUUGCGGAAAAUGAUGUGGCUCAACUUGGGGGUAACUUCUCCGGAUCCGAGGAUACUGGAAGAGCUUUCGCAUCCAAUGCCGGCCUUGCAUGGGGUCUCGUACUGGCAGUGAUGUUCGUGGGCGUCAUCGUCGCCCUGGUUCUAUACUAUCGUCGGCGGGUCGCCAAUCUGAAAGCCGAAGUCAAUCACGUCGUCAAUUUUAUGAUCCAGGAGCAACCGGGUCAUUUCGACAAUCCCGUCUAUUCGGCGUACCCAAACCAACCAGGUGCAGGACCGAAUGGCAGCGCUAUUGGCGCACAGCAUAACGGAGUAGCGAAUGGUUCAUUGAUUCGAAAUAAUUUGAGAGAUCCUAAGUCCAAUCUGGACAAGUAUCGCUAUCCGGAAAACGAAUCGGUUGGAACCGAUCGAUCUUAUUCCAUCCAAUUUUUGUCGGAAAGCCAAAAGAACUUCGACGCCGACAUGACGAAUCCCAAUUAUGACGUCAAGGAUCAUGUAUACGAUGAAAUCAAACACAAAGAUGGUUACAAAGACCUCGACACUGAAUACGACCACCUGGACUACUCCCGGCCGGGAAGUUCGCACAAGACGCACUACUUCCGAAUGACUAAUCCACUAACCAACUCGCCGAAGGAGAUCAAUGUCCUUCGUGACAACGGUACGAUCAACAAUCUGUCCUCCCCGGGUCUGAGCAGUCGGCAACCAUUGGUUUCUACCGGGAUGGGUGCCACGGUAGCAACCGGUGCAACCGAUUACGGUUCAUCCUCGUCCAACUCGUCCCCGAUACCUCCCCCGCUCUGUACCACUGGUACGGAUAGCAGCAACUUGUACGUUAAAAUGUCCUCCGAGGGGUCGUCCCCGUCAACUAGCGAUCAGGAGUGCAACAAUGCCGCCACCAGUAAGAUUCCAGAGCAUCAACUGAACAUCAAGUAAGUGCGGGUUUGCUCAUCCUAUUUUCCUUACCUUCUACGAUCUUGUAGCAAAAAAUGAGAAGCAAUCACUAGUGAAUUUCGAAUCAAUCUUCAAAACUAUCAAAAGUCAUGAUUUUUGAAUGUUUCGUAUUGUAUACUGCGCUCAUAGUUUGUAAUGUUUUAUUGUGAGUUUUAAGAUUGUGAUAAACGAAAAGUUUGAUUGUGUUUUGCCAGGUCUGUUAGUUUUAAGUAAGCUGCUUAUUGCUAAAUUUGGCUAUCGCUUCCCUCCGGGAAGCUCGUAAACUCGGCGUAUGUCGUUUAAAUAGACUGCUAAGAAUGAGAGGACGUAAUGAAAAUGCGCUACAGUAAGCGAAUGGAGGAGUUUGUUUUAAAUACUGCCCUCCUCUACUGCACUAUGAAGUGUGGAUGCAGGUUAAACAAAUGAUUCUACAGUAAUAUUAAGCGUGCCAAAAUAUUCUACCCAGCGUUAUCCGAUAGAUUGGAGUGUUGACAAUUUUUAAUAUGAAACGUUUCAUCACUCAUCUACAUAUUUACAAACCGCUCACGAGUUACAAUUGGGUUGAUAUUUUUACAGCAAAAGACCAUAAGAUAAUAAUUACGAAUUCGAAAUGCAUGAACAGAUUUCAACCAGAUUUAAAGCAGCCACAAAGUAUCCAUAUUUGUCAUUGUCCUCCUUCAACGGAAGGUUACAAAGUUUAUAAAUGUAGACAUAUUUGUAAGGAAAGGAAGAGGAGAAGAAUCUUAGGAUAUCAUAAGAAAGAUGCAGAAAGCUCACAUAUAUUCAUAUACAAGUUCGGAACAAAAAAGAUGAAUCAAAAUUUAUCCAUGUUAUUUAGAAGCAAUCAAUGGCGGUACAAAAUUUACGACUGUCAAAAAGCAAUUCUAUUCUUAUUGUAGUGAUGUUGAGCAAUAUGUAGAUUUUCUCAUUAAAGUUUUUAUUGUCAAA